AUGUUGAAGAAUAUGGGAGACUUUCGAAAUCUCGAGCGACUCGACGUGUGCGCGAUCAUGACGGGGCAGCUCUUGAAGAUGGCCAGCGAGUCUGCAACGUCCAAGCUGGGUGAACUUGCUAUUAGAUCCUGGAUCCACCCGGAUCAAUUUGAAGCUGACAUCAAUGGUCUCCUCAAAUAUAUCCGCCGGCUUGAACUUUCCGAACAAUACCCCUCAAUCAAGCUACCGGCCAACAUUGUCGAACUCACAAUGUCAAAAUUUCCACCGAUGUCUCUCCCUUAUAUCAAGAUACUCACCUUCACCUCGCGUCAAUCGGUCACCGACCUGAGCGACGUUGCUUUCCCAAAUCUCACAUCCCUCACCGUUUCAUUCCUGCCUAUCCCUUGGGAUGUGAGGGCACCUUCUAUUAGGCUCUCCAAUGUAGAAUCUCUGACGGUGUACGGAUCAGAGUUUGGGGCACUUGCCUACCUGUCCUUGCCAAAGCUCCGUAGACUGGCGAUGCGGGACCCACCCUCGUUGAGUAGACAUCCAUGGGGGAUUGAUUCUCUGGUGGACGCCCUCCUCCGAAAUGAGUUCUCGCUCUCGCCCUCAGAAGAGCUCGACUUGGGAUUCCCCGUCCAUUCGGGAACGCUCAACCUCGCGGCAAAAAAAAUGUCGCGCGUAAAGAAGGUGGUUAUGAACUUGGAAGAUGUCAAGCAAGAUUGGGUGGAAGUGGUUGCCUCACUCACUAACGCAAAUAUGGAUUUGCGCAGCAAGGGCUCGGGUCUUUUGACGGAUUAUCUCGUUCUAAAGUCUAAUAACGAACUAGAUGAGUCAGAUACACUCCGAAUUGCCAAGAAGGUGAUGAUGAAGCUUGCUAAGACGAGGACCACUACGCUGAAGAUCCUUCCCAACGGCAGUCGUGGCGUGAUCGUUACUCGAGACAAUGUAUCUCGUUGA